CUCUCUCCUCCUCUCUCUCUCUCUCUCUCUCUCUCUCCAUCUCCCCAACUGAGGAUGAAGAUGAAAAUGAGUGCAGCAGUCCGCAGUUUGGCUGCUCCCCUCUCUCUGCUGCUGUUUCUGAGGGUGCAACAGAUAGCUGAGGGCUGCAGCUGCGCUCCUAUCCAUCCACAACAAGCCUUCUGCAAUGCUGAUGUAGUGAUCAGAGCGAAAGUAGUGGAAGGCAAGGAGGUCAGUUCCGGAGAUGACAUUUACGGGAACCCCAUCCAGAGAAUUCAGUACGAGAUCAAACAGAUAAAGAUGUUCAAAGGACCAGCACAAAGCAUUGAAUACAUCUUUACUGCCCCAUCGUCAGCCAUCUGCGGCGUCACUCUGGAAACGAGUGGAAGAAAAGAAUAUCUUAUCGCAGGAAAGCUGGAGAGGGACGGAAAGAUGUACAUCACAUUGUGCGACUUCAUUGUGCAAUGGGACAUGCUAACGGCUACACAGAAAAAGAGCUUGAACCAGAGAUACCAAAUGGGGUGUGACUGUAAGAUUGUCAGAUGCCCGUCAAUUCCCUGCUACAUCACGUCGCGGAACGAGUGCCUGUGGACGGACUGGGUGACCGAGAAGAGCAUCAACGGACGUCAGGCCAAACACUACGCCUGCAUUAAGCGUAGCGAUGACUCUUGUGCAUGGUAUCGUGGAGUGGCUCCACCCAGGGAUGAGUUUCUAGAGGUGAUCGAUCCUUAACUUUAUUUACACCUAACUCGGCCAAUGUCAAUCGAUAAUUUGUGGCAAAAGACAGAGUGGUCUAUAAUCUCGAGAAAUGUAACCCAAAUUUCGUCUGUUCAAUAUAGCAGGUCUGUUUGCUUUACUGUCUGGUGAUAUGUAACUUGGCAUUUAUACUUAUAAUUCUGCCAUUGUUCGGUUUUUUUUUGUGUCUGUGUCAGAUGUACAGUAACGUGCAUUUUUGUGUUCCUUUUUUCCUUUUAAGAAGGUUGCAGCAUUGAAAAGCAUUUGGUCAAAGUUUUUUUUUCUCUCUCUCGCUCUCUUUGAACGUGUUUUUUUUUUAAAAAAAAAGUGAGGAUUGAUUCCUUAAUUCCUUGAUGUAAGUUUUUU